CAUUAAACAUCCAAAACAUACCCACUCACUCCCUAAAAAUGGAGAAGAUUUCACACAAUUUCAUACCAGUUAACGCGCUAAACCUCCAUGUAGCUGAAAUCUGCUCUAAGUCCUCACCCACAGUGGUUUUCCUUCACGGUUUCCCGGGGACAUGGUACAGUUGGCGUCAUCAGAUGGUUGAUGUAUCAAAUGCCGGUUUCAUAGCCAUUGCACCUGAUCUCAGAGGAUAUGGUCUUUCGGAUCCACCUCCACAACCCGAAAAGGCAUCCUUCACUGACUUUCUCAAAAAUAUUGCCUCUAUCCUUGAUUCUCUUGCCAUUUCUAAGGCGUUUAUGAUUGGUAAAGAUUUUGGAGCAAUGGUGGACUACACAUUCGCUCUUAUGUACCCAGAGAAAGUAGGAGGAAUUGUAACGCUUGUCCUGCCAUUUAUGCCUCCAGGUGCUAUCAAUCAUCAUUUGCCUCUCUCGGAGGGCUUUUAUGCUCGAAGAUGGAUGGAACCAGGAAGAGCUGAAGCUGAUUUUAGUCGUUUUGAUGCUAAAACUGUGGUGAAAAACCUCUAUAUCAUGUUUUCUAAAAAUGAAAUACUGAUAGCCAAUGAAGACCAGGAGAUAAUGGAUUUGGUUAAACCGUUGACUCCUCUACCCUUUUGGUUCACGGAGGAGGAUCUUGCCACUUAUGGUGUUUUGUAUAAGAAAUCUGGUUUUCAAACAGCACUCCAAGUUCCCUAUAGGUCAGCUGGUGAUAAUAAUGGAUCCCAUGAAAAUGAUCCGCUAGUAGAAGCUCCUUCAAUGUUGAUCAUUGGUGAGGAGGAUUGUGUGAUCAAAUAUCCUGGAUUGGAUGAAUAUAUUAGGAGUGGGGAGGUGAAGAAAUAUGUACCCAACCUAGAAACUAUACAUGUGCCUCAUGGAUCUCAUUUUGUUAAUGAGCAAUUCCCCGACAAGGUCAACCAACUUAUCAUCACUUUCCUUGAUCAGAACAAGCAUCGCUUGGUGGCUUAAUUCAUUUCCAUGAAAAAGACCCGGUUAAAUGCUUAAAAUAACUCCGGGUUUGCAACUAGGUUAUGCAGGGUGGGUUAUAUAUGAAAAACCUAAUAAAAAUCGGUUCACCAAUCGGGUCAUAACAAUUUAAUAUAGUCUGGUUCCUAUAAAUAAAACCGGGUACUUUCAUGUUAAAGAGGACUGCCUUUAUGUGGUCAUACUGAAACAACAUGGUUCUUUUAUAUGAGUAAGGUUAUGGCCUGGUUUUUAUUUAGGGUUCUGCAGCGGGUCUUUUUAGUGCUUUCAAUUUUUUUAAAACUCUUUUAUUACAUUUAUAAUUUGAGUACCAUCAUGGUUUUGUACUAUGCAACCGCCAACGAGGUACUCAGGUACUCUCACUAGUUUUAAUUCUUUUAAUGUUCAUUUAUUAACUUUGUAAUCUAUGUACCAACAUACUUUGUUACAUUGCUAAUUUUUCAUUUAACUAAAC